CACAUACCUGUUGGUCCGUGACGGGUUAAGGCAUCGGAGCCCGAGAGAAUAGAGAAGGUUGUACUAGCAGGCGCCUGUCAUCUAUUCCUCCCUAGAGCCCCGCCCAAUGGAAGGACGCGCUGCCAAAAUUCCAAGAGUUUGUGCGGGCGGAGAGGCACAGGUAAACUCCUGGUCUACUGACUUUGUGCAUUCCGGCGUGCGGUAUCACCGAGUGAUGGGAGGUAAAGCGAACUACAUCGAUGAGCACUGCCAGCUGAUCAACCAUGGAGAGGAGAAUGAGAUGCAAAUGUUUGCAUACAAAAGCCAACGAUGUCGGCAGGCCCUGUGCAUUGUGGGUGGUAUCUUCACCUGUGGUUUUCUCUACCUGCUCUUUUAUUGGAAGCCAGAAUGGAAUGUGUGGGCCAACUGCACCCCCUGCAGCUUGGAGGAGGCUGACGUUGUGCUGCUUAGAACAACGGAUGACUUUAAGAGUUACACCCGCAAAGUGGUUCGGUGGGUGUACCUCAGUCCUGGAAGUGACAGAGAGAGGCCUUUAUUUCAGGACCAGGGUUCUGUUCUCUAUAAAGUCACCAUGCAUCCAGAGCUGAAGGUGCGUUAUAUUGAGGCUCAGAAGUUACGCUAUGCCUGGGAUCGUAUGGAACGCAUGUUUGUCAGACUAGGGGGUCUGGAUGAUAGCCUGUCCUGCAAAGACAUCCACUGGAAAUACGGGAAGGGGCUUUGUGAAGAAGAGGAGAAUGUCAGGAGACUUAUUGUGGGACCCAACAGCAUCGAGAUUCAGAUCUCUCCCAUCUGGAAGCUGCUGUUUAAAGAGAUCCUGAAUCCCUUCUACGUCUUCCAAGUGUUCAGUGUCUGCCUGUGGUUUUCAGAAGGCUACAAUGAGUAUGCCAUUGCCAUCAUCAUCAUGACAGUCAUCUCUGUCAGCCUUUCUGUCUAUGAUGUUCGGCAGCAAUCUGUGAAACUACAUAAGCUGGUGGCAGAGCACAACAACAUGAAUGUCAAAGUCUCCCGCAUGGGCACAGGUUGGGAGGAAAUCCCAUCAAGCCAGAUGGUUCCAGGCGAUGUCUUCCAGAUUACUGGAAAUAAACAGAUUCUCUCUUGUGACGCCAUACUGCUGUCAGGCAGUUGCAUUAUUAAUGAGAGCAUGUUGACUGGUGAAAGCAUCCCAGUGACUAAGUCAGCUCUUCCUCAGGAGAGUGCAUCAGGCCCAUGGAAGACCAGCAGUCCUGAAGAUUACAAGCGUCACGUGCUGUACUGUGGAACUCAAGUCAUCCAGAUCAAGGCAGCUGGUGGCACUGCUGUCCAAGCAGUGGUGCUGCGAACAGGGUUCACAACAGCAAAGGGAGAACUGGUCCGUUCCAUCCUUUACCCCAAGCCCACUGAUUUCAAGUUAUACAGAGAUGCUACCCGCUUCUUAAUGUGCCUCAUCGCAGUCGCAAUGAUUGGAAUGAUCUACUCAGUAAUCAUCUGGACCAUCAAUAAGGCAUAUGCAGGAGACAUUGUAAAGAAGGCCUUGGAUGUAAUCACCAUUGCAGUUCCCCCUGCCCUUCCUGCUGCCAUGACUGUUGGCAUCAUCUAUGCCCAGGGGCGUCUGAAAAAGCGUGGUGUGUUCUGCAUAAGUCCCCAGAGGAUAAAUGUCUGUGGUCAGUUGAACCUAGUGUGUUUUGACAAGACAGGGACUCUGACUGAGGAUGGACUGGACCUCUGGGCAAUAAGUGAGGCAAGGGAUCUUGGCUUUGCCCCAUUGUUGGAAUUCCAAUCGGAUGCUUUCCUUUCUUGGGGUCCCAGCUAUGCUGCCAUGGCAACCUGCCAUUCACUUAUUACAAUUGAUGGUACCAUUCAGGGAGACCCACUUGACAUCAAAAUGUUUGAAGCCACAGGCUGGGUUCUGGAUGAAAACACGGAAAAAUUUCAAAGCACGCAGAGAGAUCCUCUCAGUCUUCUAGUGAAGCCAGGUCCAAGCGUAAGGGCACCGGUGGAUGGCAUUCUAGUUCUCCAGCAGUUUCCAUUUUCAUCCAGCCUGCAGCGGAUGUCUGUGGUGACCCAUGUGCUGGACAGUGAUGAGCUGAUCCUGUACAUGAAAGGUGCACCAGAGAAGGUUGCCAGUCUGUGCCAACCAGAGACAGUCCCCUUGUCCUUUUCUUCCCACCUUGCUGCCUAUACUCAACAGGGUUUCCGAGUUAUUGCUUUGGCAUACAGAUCACUUGGUUCAACUGGGGACAUCAGCCUCCGCAAAAUCUCCAGAGAGUCAGCCGAAAUGAACCUCACCUUCCUAGGACUUCUAAUCCUGGAGAAUCGUCUGAAAGUCGAAACUGAGCCAGUACUGCGAGAACUAAGGAAUGCUCGCAUUCGCUCAGUCAUGGUUACAGGUGAUAACCUUCAAACAGCUGUGACCGUUGCCAAAAAUUCUGGUAUGGUGCCCAGAUCUAGUAAGGUCAUCCUGGUGGAAGCUUCUCCUGCUACAGCAUCAACACAAGCCUGUGUGUCCUGGAGUUUGGUGGAGGAGCCCAGACAGAACUAUGGAGCCAUUGAAAGCCACAUCAUUAUGGAGCCUAUAACUGAUUACCAUUUUGCCAUGACAGGGAAAAGCUAUGAGGUGCUGCUGCAACAUUUUUACCACCUGGUGCCCAAGUUGCUGCUUAAUGGUACAAUCUUUGCCCGCAUGGCCCCUGGACAGAAGGCGAGUCUUGUAGAGGAGUUCCAAAAGCUUGAGUAUGUGGUGGGAAUGUGUGGAGAUGGAGCCAAUGACUGUGGAGCUCUGAAGAUGGCACAUGCAGGCAUUUCACUAUCAGAACAAGAGGCAUCUGUGGCCUCCCCAUUUACUUCAAACAUCCCCAAUAUUGAAUGUGUUCCACUGCUUAUCCGGGAGGGCCGUGCUGCCCUGGUCACUUCUUUCUGUGUAUUCAAGUACAUGGCGCUGUACAGCAUGAUCCAGUACUUGGGGGUGCUGCUUCUCUAUUGGGAACUCAACAGUUUUGGUAAUUACCAGUUUCUGUUUGAAGACCUCGCCAUCACUACAGUUAUUGGAAUUACAAUGAAUCUCAACCAUGCCUACCCCAAACUGGUGCCCUGGCGGCCCCCUGGUCAGCUCAUGUCUCCUCCAUUGCUCCUCUCUGUAGUCUUCAAUAUUUUCCUCAGCCUAGCACUGCAGACAUUCGGAUUUCUGAUGGUGCAGAAUCAGGACUGGUACUCAAGGACUAACCUGCUGAGUGGCUGCCCAGUUUGGAAUGUCUCCAACACCUCAAGUUUUCUCAGCAAUGAUGGUUUCCAGAGUUACGAGAACACAACUGUCUGGCUGCUGUCUAUCAUUAGCUGCAUCUCGGUAGCCUUCAUUUUCUCCAAGGGAAAGCCUUUCAGGAAGCCCUUAUACACAAACUAUAUCUUCAUGUUGGUGCUGCUAGUUCAACUGGGAGUUUGCAUCUUCUUCAUCUUUGCAGACAUUGCAGGUCUUUAUUAUGCAAUGGAUAUGGUCUGCACUCCAGUCAUGUGGAGAGGCUACAUUGUAAUCAUGUUGCUUGUCAACUUCUUGAUCUCAUUUUUUGUGGAGGAGGUGAUUGUUGAGAAUCGCACCCUGUGGCUGUGGCUGAAGCAGUGCUUUGGGAUCAAGUCCCACAGCCGCUACCGGGUAUUGCAGAGAUCACUGGAGGGUGAGCCUGGUUGGCCUCCUUUGGCAAAGACAGAGUUUGCUCGUCCAGCACAUCUCCUGGAGAAGGACAAUAUGGUCUUCCAAAAUGCAGCUUUUGAACACAGUCAGGAAGAACAACCUCCUAACUGGCAAGGUGCUGGUACUGGUAAUGCCCACUAGGGUGAGGAUUCAAGUUGGUGGAAGCAGGUCUUCCAUAGCAUGACUGAAUCCCUUUUACAAGACAAGAAGACAGCCAAGUUUUGUGUCCACACAACACCCCCUCUGGGCAAGUGCCAUGUAUCUGAAGGCUGAAAGAAUUUCCUGAGUUGUGAGUUUCAGAGACUCAUAUGAAUUAUUAGCAAAGACUCAUUAGUGCCCAGGCUGUGAUGCAUCUUCUCAAAAUAUGGUAAAACACUCAAAAAUAAGGAAUGAAUCAAUACAAUGUUUCCUCCAGUCUCCAUUAUGGUUAUACUCAACUUGUGUCUUGGACUGUUAGAUGUGUGCUGGUCAGUGUGAUAGUCAGUCUUCUGGUGAGGUGGUGAUCAUUCUUAGGUUAUACAUAGUUAACCACAGUGAUGGCCGCUGUUGGAUUUCACACCAUGUUAGUCAAAGCAGCAAUAACAUCAGUGAGAAUGACAAGCUCUUAUAGAUUCUUACUUCUAAAUUAAGAAUGUUAAUAAGGAAGUAAAUUUCAUAUUUCAGUUUGUAUGACAGUGAUUUUUAAGUUGUACUUCUCAGAACACAGUGACAAUUAAUUGUGUUUCAAAUUUAAUAUUAUUUGCUCCUGGAAAGUGUAAUUGUUAUUGUUCACAGGCUUAACUGUCCUCCACAUAUUUAUUGUCAUUCAUUAUAUUUUAAUAUCUGCUGAAUCACUUUGGAGGUGGAUAUGCUGGGCAGUGGUGAGCCUUGCACCCUCAUAUUUCCAGAGUCCUGAACUUUAAGCCCAGGAACAUUUGCUGUCUUUGUGGGGUCUGGCUGUUCUCCCCCUGCCAGUGUGAGUUUUCCUCUCACCUUUCCAAUAUGUAAUUGUUAGGCUCUCUGGUAACUCUACAUUCACUUUAGAUCAUGAGUGAACCCUAUGGCAGACUGGCAUUCUGCCCAGAACUGGUUUUUUCUCUUGUGUCUGAUCUUGCAAGCACAGGCCAAGGUCUGGUUGAUUCUGAACUAAAUCAAGUGGGCUUGACAAUUAAAUGAAGGAAUCAUUUAGAUGGUCACUCAUAAAUGUUGCCUAUCCAUCCAUGAAGCCAUCCACUUGAGGAAUAUAAUUAAUGCAGUUUUUGGAUUGUGAAGAGAUCAUUGUCUACAGGUAAGGAAUCAACACUCGAUGGGACACCAGUUCACUCCUGAGCACAAUCACUUACACAUAUACACAUUCAAUUAAUUAUAGAGCCACCAAAUAGCAUAACAAGCUUAUUUUUGUAAAUCCAUAGUCGUGAAGCAAAAUCUACAUAGAUACAUGGAAAACAUGUGUUUUUUACAUGGCCCACAACCAGCCCAAGACUUGAAUCCAUUUUCCUGAAGCUCUGAGACAGAAGCACCAAAAACUGCAUUAUUGUGCUGCCCACAUACACUUAUGGUCAACAGUAUUUAUUUUCUAGAUCUCCACCAGUGGUUCAUGUGAUGGUCACUCUCAGUAUUUGCACUUCAGUGAGGUUUUAACCUUUUUGUUAUUACACUUGUAUCUCCCUGAUGUGCAGCAACCCCCACACAUGAAAAUGAUGGUCACUCUUAGUCUUCAUGACUUUCCAUUCAGCUUAAAUUUCACUACUGAAAUUGAUCUUACCUCUGUGAUCUGGACACAAUCUGAGUCGACACGUGCCACCAGAUCCAAGAAGGCUUUCUUAUAGCUUUAAUUUGAACUCCCCUGUCAUAGUUAUGGCCAUUCACACAUUUUACAAUUUACUAACAGUAAGGUAGCACAUACCAUAACAUCACUAUAUCACCUCCUUUGUCAGAAUUUUUAUCCUUAAGAUUUCAUAUUCCUCUGAACAUUAAGCAGUUCACAAAAUGUUUCACUGAUUGCUGGGGUUUCAUUUAUAAAACGUUUAAUGAAUUUGAGUGUAAAAAUAUGUGUACAACAAAAAAUAGGAAAAUUUAUAUACAGCAGAAAAAUCUGAUUUAAAAA